AAAGCCCGCGACAGACGUGCAGCAGACACAUUACGGUUUCAUCUCGUGUCCAGCGACUACAACAUUUGAAAAAUCCAACGACCCGACAAGUCGAAAACUCCAACGACCCGACACAAGUCUCCGCAGCAGACCUUUCCAGCCAUCAAGAUGAAGUUAACGAUCGCAUUUGUCCUGUGUUUGGUUGCCGUUGCCGCCGCAGCACCGUUCGUGCCCGUCGUCCCGGUCAUACCAGCAGUGGUACACCAUCCGGCUUCAGUGGUGCACUCGUCCACAGUAGUCCAAUCGCACCCAUCGCCCGUGGUCACCCGCGUGGUAGCUGUACCAGCAGUCCAUCCGGUUGCCGUACAUCCGGUUGCCGUACAUCCGGUGGCCGUCCACCCGGUAGCAGUGCACCCGGUAUUGCCCGUCCACACUGUCGUGCAUUACUGAUGUUCCACUUCCGUCCACGUAAUUUAUCAUCGUGCACACUCACGAGUGUAGCGCACAAGUUUUCUUCGUCUAUACUGUCGUCACAUACUAUUGUGAAAUUGUUUCAAAUAACUAACCGGAAAAUGUUAUUUCGGUGAAUUUGGUCAUAAAAACAAUAAUUGUAUUGAUAUAAUUAUAAUGAUUGUCAUAUAACUGUA